GGAGGAACUUGCGUGUUCCUCCCAUGUGUCCUCCAUGAGUUCGACAUAGCCCUAUCGCAAGCUUCGAGAUCGAUGCAGAAGAGCGUCAGUGCUCGCGGCCUCCCAGCGUACACGACGUGUACUCCAGAGCAAGCCCAGGAAUACGCAGAACAAACCCGACAGGGCCACCGGAACCUUCUCUCAUACGAGAUAUUUUGGCGUGAAAGUUAUCGCUUUCUCGAAAACAGGGUAUGUACUAAGACCUCGAUUGAAACCCCGCCGGGUCCCUUCAUGGCUGGGAACGAAUCGUGAUCCCGACUUCUAAUUUGUAGAAGAUCAAAGUCAUAGAUGCAACGCACGCAUCCGAUGGCACUCGCUUGAUGAUCAAAUCGGUAUCGCGCAUCAACAACGAAAUCCCCAUUACUCGCCUUCUAUCAUCGAAAGAGCUAUUAGCUGAUACAUGCAAUCACUGUGUGCCAGUUUUAGACGUCUUGAACGACCCCUUUGAUCUCUUAGAAGUUCUGAUGGUAAUGCCAUAUCUGCGACCAUUUGACGACCUUGAGUUCCAGACUAUUGGCGAGGUGGUAGAUUUUGUCUCUCAGACACUCGAGGGAUUAUAUUUUAUCCAUCGCCAAGGUGUUACACAGCGCGAUUGUGCUGCUGCUAACAUAAUGAUGGACAGCGGACCACUGUUCCCUCCAGGACACCAUCCUGUACAAUUAGAUUACACCCCUGACGGUGUCUCUUAUACUUCCUGUUUCAUGCGGAACCAAAGGCCAGUUCGCUACUACUUCAUCGACUUCGGCCUGUCCUCCUAUUUCAAACCUGGCGAAGUUCUCUUAGCCAUUGGAACUAAAGGCAGAGACAAGGAGCCGCCAGAACGUUCAGAUACGCGUCCUUACAACCCCUUUCCUCUUGAUAUUUUCAUUCUCGGCAACGUGUAUCUGAAGGAUUUGUGCAAAGAUAUGACGGGCUGGACCUUCUCGAGCCUCUAAGUAUCACCAUGCUCGGCAUCAGCCAGAACGACGCCCCACGGCCCAAGCUGCAUUUCAAACCUUUCAAGACGUCCUCGCUGGGUUGAACGAAUCUACUCUACGGUGGAGGCUCCCGUAGAGAGUCUAUACCCGAACGGGUUGUAUAUGAUACGGUGGCUGCCGCUCGUGAGGGUCUGUAUAGAUUGAGACGUCUAAUGGAUCGAUAACUCCCGACCCUGUACCCCAUCGUUUCGCUUUCGCCAUGCUCAAGUUGCUUCAGGUUAUCGCCGGUGUACUCCCCAGUGUGCUGUACCGACUACAUAAAUUGCAAGAUCAUCUCGCUUGUCCGUCCAUGCUGAGUGCUACUCGUAUGACAGAGUCAGGGAGAUGGCAAGUUGCAAUCAAACAACGCGUACACUGGCGAUCGAACUGGCGAUCUUCCGAUCACGAUCGUGGAAAUUCGAGGCUGUAGUCUGCCUGCCUGCAGGCAGAGCUUGCGCGCUUGAGCUUUCUGGAACAUACAGCCUCAGCAGCUUUCAUUCAGGGUCGAUAACACCCCUACUGAUAUUACCCGCCUCGUGUUCUCAACUACAAGCCUACUUGCAGCUUUCGUCUGAUUUCUAGGGGUUUCCUAAGAUCGAAUGUUCCACUGACUGUUGUCCCUGCAUCAGCAGGCAACCCUCCGAGUUAGCGUAGGCUCUCAAUCCUGGUAUCCUAGUAUGACAUUUAGUCCACACGUAUCCGUGACAAGAUGCAAUAGUAGCUCAGCUAGUACGUGCGUUGUUGAUAUCAUCCCUGAUGCCCUUAUUGACAUAUAUGAGUAUAUCGGUUGCCAUCGACAUUUGGAAAGGGAUAAGUCAACAACACACCAAAUACGGAUGAGAUAAAUAAGCAAGCGGAGGAACACAGCAGAUUGACACUAAUGAUACAAGCCGACGAAGAAAACAAUGAGCAGAGCGUCAUCGAAAUUAAACGAAGCAAUUCAGAAGUAGCUCGAGGGACACUUGUAAAGCAGAGAAAACAAAACAGCAAUCAGACAGCAUAAAUGAGAGCGAAAAAC